CUUUUAACUAACCAUUGCACAGUUAUGACACUGGAAAGCGGACAGUUAAACUGGCCCCAUGCAGUCUAUGACUGGAUUUGUCUGAAAAUAGUAAAAACCCACUGAGCUGAAACAAUCAGUCCCUUUUGCGUCUGCUUGUCAGGUAUGGGACAAACACAUGCAUGCUAUUGUGAGAAUACACCUGAUGAGUACAGAGAAGAGGCAGACACACAAACAUUUCAUUCAGGACACAAUUUCAUGAUUUGAACCCUUUAUUUUAGUGACAUGCAUUUUAGUUUGGCAAGUGUGGUUGACACACUCUGUCCCUGAGCUCACAACCCCCCCGGCAGAGCCUGAGAUACACAAUGAUGAACAUUAACACAUUAAAAAGAAACUUUCAACAUCACAAACAACUGAAUGCUAAUACAGGAGGAGGCUGGUUAAAUGUUAAUAGCUGAAUCAGGCAGCUGUGAAGCAGCAAGGUCAGAUCACAGAGAGGACACGAGAGAGGUCAGUUGUGGACAAACUGCCAUUAGGCUCCAGGUGGGCGCGUGCUGCUCAUGAGCCAAAUCAUUCACAAUAAAUCAAUAUUUCACAUGCACACACACAUUCCUUGGAGGAACACACAGUAUGUUCUGUACCGACAGUUAAAAUAAAACUUUGAACUGGGUUGUGCACCAUCAGGAGACCGUGAUGAACAUAAGGGACUUUUAACCCACAUGACAGUCAUUUUCAUUCUAGAUGGACACUUGCUUUAACCGCAGCACAAAGACUAAUCUUGUGAAGAAAACAACAGUAGUUUCAGAAGAGAUGACCUCCCAAAUCAGACUGAGGCUGCUGCCGAGUGCCAGAUGUUUGUUCGAUGAGCCCGUUCAGGUGAAGGUGGCCGGGCUGAGGUCGAGGCAGGUGGUCACCAUGAGGGCUAGAUCGACCGAUGAGAAGGGAGUGGUGUUCAGCUCCUCGGCCACCUACAGGGCUGAUGGGAACGGGGAGGUCGAUCUGGAGAGAGACCCCUCACUCAGCGGGAGUUACGUCGGGGUUGAACCAAUGGGUCUGCUGUGGUCAAUGAGUGCGGACACCUUGCAUAAAAGGUUUCAAAAAAACAGAUCACUAAACCCUCAUGUGGUGAAGUUUUCUGUGCAUGAGUUGGAGGGGGAGGGCAGGAUGCUAGCAGAGGCGACUAAUGAGAGGUUUCUAAUUGGAGACGGGGUCAGCCGGGUCCCCGUCAAAGAGGGGAGCUUUCAUGGAGUCCUGUUUACUCCUCCAGGUGAAGGUCCGUUCCCCGCUGUGUUGGAUCUGUGCACCUUUAUGUCUGAGAAGAGAGCCUGUCUGUUGGCCAACAAAGGGUUUGUGGUUCUGGUUGUGUCGGUGUACAAUGACAAGCCCAACAACGUCAAAGAGAUGCAUCUGGACUAUUUUAAAGAAGCAGUUGAUUUCUUACAACAACAACCUAAGGUGGGAAAUAAAGGAGUUGGUAUAAUAUCAAGAUCAAAGGCUGGAGACAUUGCACUUUCACUUGCUGCUUUUGUGCCAGGUGUUGAGGCAGUGGUGUGGAUAAACGGCUGCAGUGCAAAUGUGGCCAUUCCUCUCUACUAUAAGAAGAGCAAAAUCCUCUCACCGCUGCUGAUUGACCUCAGCAAGGCGAUUCCCACUGAGUCAGGGGCCAUCAUAGGCAAGUAUUGUAUGAACAAUCCUCUGGCAGAGGAGAACCAGGCCACCUUGGUCCCCAUCGAAAAAGCCAAGGGACAUUUUCUCUUUGUGGCUUCAGAGGACGACCUUAACUGGGACAGCAAGGCUUUCAUGGACCAAAUGGUGGAGAGACUGAAGCGUCAUGGGAAGGAGAACUUUGAAAGUGUGUGUUACCCUGGAGCGGGACAUUACUUAGAGCCACCUUAUGGACCCUACUGCCGCUCCAGCUUCCAUGGUGUCGUAGGCAAGCCAGUCAUGUGGGGCGGUGAGCCCAGGUCCCACGCAGCAGCUGAAGUCCACUUGUGGAAGAACAUCCAGGAGUUCCUCAGAUCUCACCUGAGCUGUGAAGCUAUGAAGACUAAAACUAAGUUAUAGAUGCAAAAACCAUGAUAGGAAAGGUUGAGGAACACAAAACAAUCAUGACAUCAUGACUGCCAAUUAACUGCUGUAUCAUGAAUAAAGAUUGAAUGUUUUUGAUUAUUAAAAUGUAAAAACAAAAUAGAAAAUAGGAAUUUGAGAUUGAAAUGACAAAUUGAUAUCAUGAAAUGGCAGUUUGAGCAAGGAAAGUGAAAUCAAAAAGCCUGAAAUGGCUACAAAAAAACCCUAAUUGAAAAAAAGACAAAAGAAAAACAACUACACUGAAACAGCUUUAAUUAAAAAUUAAUUUAAAAAAUCAUUAAAAUUGGACAUGGAAAAGACAGCAUAAUGUGAGACGUUUUCAAAAGUUGGCGACAUCUUCAAAAUUUAAAGUAGCCUUUCACCAAGUUAGUAGGAAUUCGUCCGCUCUGACUGAAAAUAGUCUUUUUGUAAACGUGGAAGUGUGGCUUGAAGCUGUGGAGGCAUAGAAGCAAAUAGCCAAUCAUUGUUGGUAAAACCCAGAGUAACACUACUUUAAAAUAGGAAUUACACACAUUAGUCCUGUUCAGUGCCAUGCAGGGCUGGAGCCAUUCCUAGAAUUCAAAAGAAGAGUAUCCACUCUUUUUUUUUUUUUUUUUUUCUAAAGUCAUUUUUCUUAUAUUUAAAAUAUAAAUAGGUGGACUGUUAUUUUUAAAUUCUUUCUGUCUGUCAAAUAUCAAUAAAUUUGAAAUUUUUGUAACAUCAUGUCUAUAAUCUUGCCUGAAUUGGGACAUCAUAUAGUACAUGCCAUUGUAUGCCUGUUAGCUCUUACUGUAUUCAUGCAUAAAUAUAUCUUAUUAAUACUAAUUUCCCUCUCACUGCUAGUGUUAUUAUUCCCUCAGGUUGUCUCACAUAAAAAACUAAGACUACCUGAACAGUUGACCUUAUUAUUGUCAGACCUGUGACGUUACUCAGACGAAAGCCAAGUGAUAGAUUCAGUUAGGAUGACAGGAAAGAUUAGGAACACGUUACAAAAUCACAAUGUCAUGGCUGCCAGUUAACCUAAGAUAAUUAUACAUGUUGAAUGUUUUGUGAAGAAUUAAUCUAUUUAAUGUUUGAUUGACGACAGAAACAUAUUGAAAGGUUAUGACUUGCUUAUCACAACCUGGUUAAGGCUUACUACAUGUAAAAGUGAAAAUAGAAAGAUCAUUUUAGUGCUUUAAUAGAGUGUUUGGCAUCUGUGGUGCCUGCUCAGUGUACAGUACGGUCAUUGAUUACCAACCAGUGCGUGCCAUGAAAAAAAUUAGAAUUAAAGUCAAAACUUUAUGAAAAAAGGGCAACUUUUCCCUCACUGGACACAAACAGCUUUAAAAGAUAAACCAGAUGUUCUAACUGUCAACUAAUCCAACAAAAAGACCAAAACUGUCUUAAUACUCUCUGACGUCCAAUCCCAACCCCAUCUGUCUAAAAACACUACACUUAUGGAGUGUAUUCUCCGUAUUGCUGCAGCCAAAUUCUAAACAGCUCAGCCUUCUUCCAGGAGUCUGUCAGUAGUCACUGUAGCCACAAGAUGGAGAUGUAAGCCUCUCCACUUCAGCAUCCUCUCAGCACAGAGCAGACGCUGCCAGUGUUGCAAGAACAGGCUGCAAGUUUUUGGGAGACAACAUAACUGUCCACAUGUGAUGGGAGCAUUGUCCUCAUACAUACUAGUUACCCUGUUAAAAAUGUAAUAUGUAAUGUAACUAUUUUAAAUUCUUCAUCAAAGUAAUGUAACUUAUUACGGUUGAUUACUUUUCUAACAGAUAUUUUAAACUAUGGCAAUUAACUCACCUGCAGAUGUUUCCUCAGCUUUGACAUUGAGCAUUUCGAUGUUGACAGCAUUUUCACCGCUGGUAAACAAGCUUUACACUGAACAGUAAUGUUAGAGCCCUUUUCUGAUUUCAGAAGAAAAAACACUGUUGAAUUUCCAGUACUGAAAGGCGUUCUUGUCCGACGACAUGGCCACCCGCCUCGACGUGGUUGGCUGGUCGCAGGCAUGGUAGACUCAGGUUACUUGGUGCAAUGAGCAUUGAUUUGAUUGGCAGACGAGAGGUGGUGCAAAUUCAAAUGAGAGAACCAAUCAAAAACAACGCUCAAAAUUUGAGCACACACUGCCAAAUGAACGGAGCCUGUCUAGAAGUAGAGACAGCUCCUUGUAAGCCAUCCUAACCUUGAUGGUGUUGCAGUCAAACUUGUCCCAAUGGCUUUGCUGACCUGUUUUGUUCAGAAAUAGAAAGAAGGCAUUCCUGCAACAGAAUUAAUGUUAUAUUCUACAUAUAAGCUUCUUUUUUUUUUUACCAAAAUGAAUACAUUCGGAUGUAACCCCUUUGUAAUCACCAACACUUUGAUUAGCAACUAUAAUUUAAUGACAUAUUUUUUCUCAAUAACUGUAAUUGUAACAGAUUACAAUUACAUUUAUUUUGUAAUUUAAUUUUGUAAUGGCGUUAAAUGUGACUAAUUACUCUGUGGAUAAGUGAAGAGGGCUUUCAUGACUGGAAGUAACCUCUUGCUGUCUUCUCAUGCAAACACAAAUCUCAUCUGGAACACAGUUUUGAUGUUUUUUUGUUUCUUUUUUAUAUAUAUACAGAUACCAUGCACCAUCUUAUGGUAAAUAUGUAAA